GUGUAAUUUUUUAAUCAAAUUACAAACAUUUUAUCAGUACAAAAUAGUUCAUUAUGUACAACUGAAAAAUUUGAGUACAAGUGUAAAAUUUACAAUCAUCACUGUAUAGAAAGUAUCAAUAAUACAGUGCAUAGUUGAUAAAUAAUAUCAUUUUUAUUCAAUAAAUCAUUUACUUUGUAAAUUAUUAUUAUUAUUAUUGAAGUGUAUCAUAAUUUACUAAUUGAAACUGCACUCUUCUAUUGUCAGUUAUCAUGUUAUAUAUUAUCUUCCUUCCUUUUAUUUCUCAUUAUUCCCAAGUUACAUAUUUAAAAGUAAACAAUCAUAUAUUAUUUUAGAUAAAAUACAAUAACCACAUUACUGAUAACAUCAUUAUAAAAUAAUAUUUAUUCAGAAUAAAUGUUUACAAUCUCAUUGAUUUUAUACUUUUACCUAUUUGUUUAUCAAUUAACUAUCGUAUAUUGUUUUAUACCAGAACAAUGUGGUUACAAUUUAACUAAAGGUAUACCAAUCUGUUGUCCUGUUAGUGAGGAUACUAGUGAAGUAUGUGGUGGACCUAAACGUGGUGAAUGUGUUCGUAUAUGGACACCAAAAGAGAAAAUACCAAGUGUAUUUCUUAUUGAUGAUCGAAUUGAUUGGCCAACUCGUUAUUUUACAUAUUUUUGUCAAUGUAAACAUAAUUAUUUUGGUGUUGCUUGUGAUGAAUGCUGGUUUGGUUGGACUGGUAAACAUUGUAAUAAACGAACUAUUAAAAUUCGACGUGAUAUACGAACAUUUUCUGAUAGAGAAUUGCAUAUAUUUAAAACUGUAUAUGUACUUAGUCAAAAUUGGCCAUCUGGUUAUCUUUUAAUUGAUGAAACACAUAAUUGGUAUGUGGAUCCAUUAAGAAAGCCGAAAUUAAUGCCUGCAAGUGUAGCACAUUUCACUACUUACUUACAUCAAUAUGCUAGUCGGAGUACUUUAUAUAAAAAUGUAAAAGAUUGUGAAGACUUUGGUAUCUUAAACUUUAAUCAUGAUGGUGUUGUCUUUCCUGUAUGGCAUAGAUAUUUUAUCUUAUUCUGGGAAAGAUUAUAUGGUAAAAUUGCAUAUGCUGUUUUUGGUAUAACAAAUUAUGCUGCACCAUAUUGGGAUUGGCUUGGUAAAACGCAUUGUGAUGUCUGUAUAGAUAAAUAUAUUGGUUCACCAGGUGUACGUGAUGAAACUGGAUUGCAUAUAUCAAUGGGUUCACCAUUUUAUAAUCUAACUGAAUAUUGUUAUGAACAAUUUAAAGAUAAACUUUGUUCUGGAUGUUUAGAAAGUAAAGUUAGACACACAAUUACACGUGAAUUCGUUGCAACAGAGUUUCCAGAUAGAAGAGACUUAGAAUUCAUCUUAAACUUAAAAAAAUAUUUUACUCCUGGUGAUCGGGCUAUAAAUAAGUGUAUUUCAUUUCAUAUGGGUUUAGAAGGAUAUUGUGGUCGACCAGGAUCGAAUACAAAAUAUCGAUGGUUUCAUAAUAAAGUACAUGUCAUGAUUGAAGGCAGUAUGUGUUGUACAGCAACAUCAACGAAUGAUCCACUGUUUAUACUGCACCAUAAUUUUGUUGAUAAAGUAUUUGAGUGUUGGUUGAGAAAACAUAAUCCAAGUAUAGAUGAUUACCCUGAAAAACAUGUACGUCCUGGACAUUCACGAAAUUCAUUUUCACUUGGAAUAAUACCACUCGCAAGAAAUAUUGACUUUUUUAUCUUAUUAGAAGAAUUUGGAAUAUUUUUCGAUGAUAAUUGGUUUGGAAAGUAUGCUGAUGAUGGUCGUCCUCCAUACUAUUGUCCUUGAACAGAAAAAAAAACAGGAACAAAAUAACAGUCUCCUGCAUAAGGUAACAGCUAUUGAAAGAAACAGUACUGUGUUGUGAAAUAAAUAAACAUUAAAAAUAAUAUUAGUAAUAAUAAUAAAAAUUGUUGGGAAAACGUUUGUGAAAUUU